CAAUAAUUCGAUAAUCACCAGUUUUACCAAACCAAAAAAUGUUUUUGAAAAUUAUGCAUCGGUGACAAUGGAUGGACAAAAAUAUAUGAAUGAAGAAGAUUUUCUAAGAGUCAUAGCACCGGGAGAAGAUUAUAAAAAAAUAAAAAAAGAAAUAUUUUCCGCAUUAUUUAAAGUUGCUGAUACCAAUAAUAAAGGACUGAUUUCUCUACAAGAUUUUGUAAUCUUUGAAAAUUUACUAUUAAAACCCAAUGCAGAAUAUGAAAUUGCCUUUAAAUUGUUUGAUAUUAAAGGCAAAGGUAAAAUCACCAUUGGACAAUUUAAACAAAUACUACAAUCAUAUUUAAAAAAAUCUGAUAGUAUACCAUUUAAUUUUGAUUGUGAUUGGUUGAAGUUGUAUGCCAGUAAUGAUAAACAUGAAUUGACUUAUGAAGAAUUUUCCCAAUUAUUAAAAGGUUUAGAAGGUGAAAGAAUACGUCAAGAAUUUAUGCAUUACGAUAAGGAGGGUAACGGUUAUAUUAAACCCGACCAAUUCAAACAGAUCAUGCUUUCAACAGCAAAGCAUAAAUUGUCCGAUUUUGUUAUAGAUCAUUUAGAUACUAUAGCAGAUUUAUCAAAAAAUGGCAGAAUCAAUUAUGCAGUGGUAGUUGCUUUUCAUAAUGUUUUGCGCCAGAUGAAUAUGGUAGAAAGAAUUGUGUUGAAGGCGAUUUCGAAUAGUAAAGAUGGAAAAAUCACAAAAAAUGAUUUUAUAAACACGGCUUCCAAAGAAACGUCAUUUUCUUUAUUCACACCACUAGAAGUUGAUAUAGUUUUUCAUUUCGCUCGUCUUCUAAAAAAUAAACCUGACGACAGAUUAAGCAGAAAUGAUUUUAUUCAACUACUGGAUAAUAAAUGGCAUCAGAAAUCGUCAGAAACUAAACGACGCGUGGCAAUUAUUGAUGUUUACUCGCUUACUUUGGGAUCAAUUGCUGGUUCUGUUGGAGCAACUUCUGUGUAUCCUAUCGAUUUAGUUAAAACUAGAAUGCAAAACCAAAGAACAAAGGUUUUGGGAGAAGUACUAUACAAAAAUAGCAUAGAUUGUUUUCGUAAAGUUUUAAAGUCUGAAGGAAUUGCAGGCCUUUAUAGUGGUUUAGGUCCUCAAUUAAUUGGUGUAGCACCUGAAAAAGCCAUAAAAUUAACAGCCAAUGAUUUUGUGAAAUCACUUUUAACUGAUAAAAAAACCGGCGAAAUUUCAUUUAAACGUGAGAUUUUGUCAGGUGGAGUCGCGGGAGGUUGUCAAGUAUUUACGAAUCCAUUAGAAAUUGUAAAAAUUCGACUUCAAGUACAAGGACGAGCAGCAAAAAAUUACAUAAAACCAACUCCACACAAAUCUGCAUUAUCGAUAGUUAAAACUCUUGGUAUAACGGGGUUAUAUAAAGGAACAUGCGCAUGUUUAUUAAGAGAUAUACCAUUUAGUGCAAUAUAUUUUCCUGCGUACUCACAUAUAAAAAAAGAUUUUUUUCAAGAUGGUAAAGAUGGAAAAAAAUGUGGUUUAGGAGAAUUAUUGUUAUCUGGUGCAAUUGCAGGUAUUCCAGCAGCCUAUUUUACAACACCAGCUGAUGUUAUCAAAACGAGAUUACAAGCAGAAGCUAGACAAGGACAAACUCAAUACAAUGGUAUAAUAGAUGCGACUAAAAAAAUAUGCGGGGAAGAAGGAUUUAAAGCUUUGUUCAGGGGUGGUCCUGCUAGAGUUCUUAGAUCCUCUCCACAAUUUGGCACAACAUUAAUGGUUUAUGAAUUAUUACAUCGAUGGUUGCCCUGGAAUGAGCCAAAUAAAGUUGCAACUACCAACAUUAAUGACGAUUAUAAUAGUAUGGGUUAUUUAAAAAGUAGAAAUGCUUUAAAAAUUUUAUAG